AUGUACGCUGGCGGCGGAGCGAACGAAGGCGAGCACCACGGCUCAAGCAGCGCGGCGUUUUCUAGUGCUGCAGCUGAGGCAAACGAUCUCGACGCGCUCGUGUUUGAAUUCGGCACGUCCAAAUGUAAAUUUGGCUACGCUGGGGAGGAUUUUCCGCGUGUGUUCGAGUGUCCCGUCUCUUACGACGACGUACGGGACGAUCGGGAUGUGGGACGCCACUUGUCCCGCAAAUCGGCCCAACUUGAGAGCGACCCGGAACAACUGGCGCAAUGGCUCUUUGACGCCAGCAGUUCGAAGCUGCAGACGAGGCUGUGUGACCACCCAUUGUUAUUGGUCGAACGCCCCUUUGCGUUGCCAGAUGAUGUCGUGGGGGAUAUGGGACCGCCCGACCAAACGGUCCCACAGGAUACUCCAGACGCCCUUCCGAGUCUAAACAAGACGGAGAUUACGCAAUCCGUUCCAGGUCGUAGUAGUAACAAGAAAAGGGACGUCCGAGCCCGUGAACAAAUGGUGGAAGUCGUGAUGGAGGAGCUUGGGGUACCGGCUCUUUUCUGUGCCAAAAGUGCCGUCCUCGCGUGUUACGCCAACGCCAGAACGAGCGGGUUAGUAGUGGAAAUGGGUGCAACGUAUACGAGUGUGACGUCAGUGCAUGAAGGGUACGCUUUUGCGUACCCCAAGAGUCAAGUGACUUUAUUUGGCGGACGAGAUUUAGAUGCGUUUUUGAAACAAAAGUUAGCGCCCCAAAUGGCUACAAGUUUUGAGCAACGCGUGGCAGCGACGUCGAUGGACAACGAGAUGGCAAAGCGGACGAGACAUACGUGGUCUUAUGUGGUCGAAGCCAAGGAAAGUGGAUUGUGUCGAGUCGCAGACGGUCCCUUUGAUGAAGUACAGAACGCCCAGCUACCGUUGAUCAACUAUGAAUUACCGGAUAAGACGGUUGUCUCCAUGGGUACAGAGCGAUUUAGUGUGGCCGAACACUAUUUUUCGCGGGAUCGCGUACCCAAUGCAGUCGUAAACAGCGGCACAGCUGGUACUGAUGCAAAAAGCAGCUUGAUAACUGCUGGACCAGGGAUGCGACUCCCUGAGCUCAUUUGUGAGACAGGCGGACUGACAACCGCAACGGAAUUGCGAAAAGAAUUGUUUCAGAACAUUGUGUUGACUGGAGGCAGCUCGUGUUUCGAAAACAUGGCGACUCGAAUCGAACGGGAAGUCGUGACGACGUUAAGUAACAUGUCGUUGCCAUUGAUUGGAUCGAGCACCAAUUCGGUCUCGUCUGCUGGGUUUACCAACAGCUUGCGCGUCAAGGUAGUGGCUGCCCAUGCCCAAGAGCGUCGCGUCGGUGCUUUCCUCGGUGGAUCGAUUCUGGCGUCACUGGGCUCGUUCCAUGAAAUGUGGAUGUCCAAGGCCGAAUAUGCCGAGCAUGGGGCUGCACUGAUUCAUAAAAAAUGUCCCUAA